AUGGAGGAGGCGAUAGACCGGGCGGUUAGACGGGGAGGCUUUCUAAACACUUCGUGGAUGCGGCAGACCCCGCAUAAAGAAGCUAUUUGCGCCCGUUUCACAAAACGGGACAAAUCGAGGCUCCCUCUCAACGGCAGGCCGCGGGUAACGGCCGCCAUCUUUGUAGGAGGCAAAGGGCAGCAGGGCGCAUUUGCCUUGGAAGAAAGUGUAGAGAAAGAUUGCUUUUUCACAUUACAACAAAUAAAAUUCAGUCUUUACAAUGGUGGGCACUUAACGCAGAAUUCAGAGCGCGAUGCACGGCAUUCCUUAUCACUGCGCAGGCUCAGUAUGUUCCCGCGGGCCCACGUUCUAGAGCAUGCGCAGGGAGCGAUCUUGAGAAGCAGUCGCUCUUUUCCUCGGCUCCACAAAAGCAUGUUAGAAGAAGAUUUACAGAGUGCAAACUCAAACCACAUAACAUACCAAGAUCUGACAGUGCCACUCAGCACUGGAUAUUAUUGGCCUUUCAAUACCAUUCAACAAUUUGAUAACUGGAUAGAAAUUGAGAGACAAAGCAGCCAGUUCAAAAGCUUUCAAAAUCACUGCCCCUCCUUGACCUUUUUGAACUGCUGCAGUCCGUGUGGUGAAGCUCUGCCCAGAUUGCUGUUUGAUUUUGGUCCCUCGUCUCAGAAUCAUCUCUGUCACUCUCCAUCUUCAUGAACAGUUCUAUCAUGAAGAAGUCUUCACUUUUCCACGGCUAGAUUGCCAAUUAAUCCAUUCUCAUUACACAAUUAAAAUUUUGAAAUAAAGUUGCUGUGGUCCCA